CAGUUUCACUCAAGGUACGUCUUUGGUAUCUUUCUUCUCAUGGUAAUGUACAAUUUAAGUAAUGUGUUUUUUGUAGGCCUAUAAGUCUUCACUUUCUGUUAGAACUAUUUUGUUUAUAUGUUUUCAACAUAUUCUGAUAACUCCAUUUGUUAAAGAGAAGAAAACUUUAUACUGACGGGAAAUGCGCUCCUCUGAUGCAGGUGGGAACAUCUUUGAAAUAUGACAAUGAAGUCCCUGGUUUGUAUCUCUGCGUCUUUCAGAGCAGUGUGUCAGCACGCCUCAUCUUGUUUUCCUGUGAACCGCGGCCUUAGUGUCUGCACUUCAGCAGGAAGAUGCACGAACGUGGAUUUUGCCAGCAGAGCUGUAAUGGCACAACAACCGUGCGUAACCGAUGUGCGCUGUUUCCAAACCCCCCGGACGCGCAGCAGGAUGAUGGCGAUGCGCGCAGCUCCUGUCCCCAGCCCGGUGCCGGUCCCUGCAGGGAACAGAGAUGAUGAAGUGACCGAAAACCACCCCGGACCCGGGAUCACACACACAACGCCAGUGAAAACAGCCCAACACUUCUCUCCAUACGUCCGACAUGUGGACGCGCAGAGCCACGCAGCCGCUUUGGUGAAUAUCCACUCUCUCUUUGAGGAGGAUGUCAUUACUAAGUUGUGCUCCAAGCUGGCAGACUUUUCCAGCAAUGACAGAGCAGAGGGGCUGUCAGCUUUACUUGGAGCGUGUGUUGAGUUUGGCCUGGAGGCCCACAGUCCCCCAGUCCUCCUGCUGGUGCAGGAGAGCCUGCAGCUGCUCUCCAGCAGGACCGUCGGGGUGCUGCAGCUCUGCCGCCUGGGUAAGCUGGCCUGCGCUCUGGAAGGCCGCCGGUGCCCCAUGGUAGCAGAGGUCAUCAACUCCAUCAGCACUGCUGUGGAGGAGAACGACGUCUCCUCCUGUGAUGCUGCAGAGAUCUACUCCCUCAUGACUGUGUUGUAUGAGCCAUCCAGCCAGCAGCAGACACUCAUGCUUGCUGCUUUGCACAGACACACUCAAAGGCUGGUCCACCAGCUGAAAGCCUACCAAGUCUGUGAUAUCCUGCAAUCCCUGGUAACGUUGCAGCAAAGACAGGCCAUCCCCUUGGUCCUGAGGCUGAGUCACCGAGCAUCUCGGGUUUUUAAAGAUUUCAGUGAUGCUGAAAUAAUGAAGGUACUGUCUGCGCUAAUGGUUCUGGGACAGCACGAUGAAGCACUCCUGGCUGCUAUGGAAAAACACCUGCCAGAGAGGAUGGGAAAGUGUGAGUCAGAGCUGAUCACCAUUGUCAUGGAGUACUGUCUGCAAGUAAGGUGCCGUUCUGAGCCGAUCUUUGAGACUGUGGCAGAGAACUUUGUCUGCAGCGCUGAGAAAUACACCACCCUUCAGAUAGCCAAACAGGUGGUUACGAUGGGGAGGCUCAACUACCUGCCACAGUGCUCUGGUCAGAUGUUCAAAAAGCUGGAGAGCAUUUUGUCAGCAAGGUUUUCCCAGUUCCAGCCUCGCAGACUAUUAGAUAUGUUGCACGCCUGCAUCCACCUACAACGAUUCCCGGUGAACUACAUCAACAAAAUCUUCAGCCCCUACUUCCUACAGAAGUUGCAAGCACAGGGAGAGCCAAUGGACAAGAAUACACUGAGACAGCUGACACAGCUCCAUCUCUCCACCUCAUUGGAGUGCACAUACUACUGGGGUCCCAGACUGCCUUUCUUCCAGCAUAUGAAGCAGUUUUCUUCUAGAGACCACGCCUUUGAGACGCCUAUGGAUAAUCUAUUCUACAAACAGGUCAAACGUCCACUUGCACAGCUGCUGGGCGGGGAGUUCUACUCCACCAGAAUCUUUAGUUCUGUUGGAUACACUGUGGAUGUGGAGAUAUAUCUGGAUGAAAAUGGAUUUAUUCUGCCUCUGUCUCAGUGGGAACAAACUUACAAAAGAAUUGCACUAUGUUUGGAUGGUCGAAACCGCUUCUGCAGCAACACACAACACCUACUGGGAAAGGAAGCCACAAAGACGAGACACCUCCGCAGGGCGGGAUAUGAGGUGGUGCAGAUCCCUUACUUUGAAUUUGAGAAGCUGAGAACGCAAGAGGAACAGGUGCAAUACCUUCAAAGCAAGAUCUUCCCUGCCAUCUCCAAGUUCAGAUAUAGUCAGACGACACAUUGAAAACAAGUUAAAACAUGGAUCAGAAGUUACAUAUACCACCUUCCAAUAUACUUGACUGGCAGGUUACUAAUCUUACUGUCUUGUAGCAAGAUUGAGCCAGUGAAGUGCCUAAUAACUGUAAAUACUUCUGUGCCUUUAUGAUUAUUUGGGUUGUUUCCAUGUGACACGUGUCCUUUCUGUGAUACAACCAGCUGCAUAUUCCGCAUACGUGUGUAAAACAUGAACUGAGAGUUUUCAUGAUGCUGUGCAAUCAAAGCUGUCUAUCAAAGAAAUAGAUAGGUGGAUGUAGCUUAUUUUGCAUGUUUAACUAUAAUGUAUGUAUUUAUUUGUAUUUCAAAGAUCAAGGGACAGUUCUACCAUGCAAAUUAGAGAAUAAUGGGUCUUGGCAAUCGAUAUGAUCUAAAAAAAAUGUCUUCUUCAAUUGGAAAUCAUUAACAUAACAUAUAACACAGACAUAUUAUCCCUUGUCUGUUUUUGUUCAGCAAUGGGCAUCCCCAUCAAAGCAGCUACGUAACCAUGUCAACUUCAACAUUUAACAGGUUUUUUUUUUUUAUUUGGAGUAAAGUAAAAGUUUUAAUCAGUGGGCCUGGCCAAUCUAUUUAAAAGAACCUGUCCCUGAAUUUUGGAAAUACUCAUACAUAUAUAUAGGUAUCAGGACCAGGAGUAACUUAACACUCUGCCUCAUCAAUGCAUAUCCAAUGUAAUUUGAUAGGUAAAACAUGGUUUCUGUUUGAUGCAAAGUCAAGAGUAAAAUCUGCCUAAACGUACAUCGAAUACCUCUGGAAUACUAUUUAUAUAUCAGUGUGACUGUACACCUUAAGCCCUAAAGCCUUUAUGUA